AUAUGCAUUUUUAUAAUGUUAAUUUUAGAAAGACGUUAGAUAUUUAUCAAUUGUUUCAUUAUUUUGUUAUUUUAACUGUUUUCUUAAAGUCGCGAAUUUAAAACUGCAUCAUCAGUUUACGUAAAUCAUACUUAAUGCGAAUACUUAAUUGUGUUGAGCACAUACAGUAUUUGAACAACUGUGUUUUGAUGUUUUCUUUUGCUAUAAUUAAUUAGAUCUGGCGUUACAACACAGUGUUCAUCAAACGUUGUUCGAGUUAAUAUUGCGUGAGUUAAUAAGCCUAUUGUCUUUUACGAUGACAGAUCCGUUCGUUUUUAUCUGAUAAACUUUAUUGAGCGGAUUAUAUGGAAUAUAUAUGUCUAUACGGAAGAGACAAAGUUCUUUCACUUGCUAACUUUAUUUAUUAUAUUCUCGGCGACUCUACUCCUGACAAGAUUGUGCAACAGAAUUCCCCACGUUUAUUUGUUAUUUGAAAAUAACACGUGUAUCUGUGAUAUUUUAAAAAUAUUUAAUUAUCGUCGAAUGUGUCAGUAUUGGUGUGAGUGAUCGUUUGAUUUCACAUUUAAAAAGUGCUAAUAGAGAUUAUUAUUUUUCAAUUUCCGUCGUAGACACAAAAUUUAAAACUCGAUUGUUUCUUUUUUUUUAUUCACGCAGGAAUUAAUGAAAGGAUCAAUAAGAUACGAUGAGAGACAAUUUGCGAGUUAACGAUCUUCUCGGACAUACGAAGUACGGCCACGUAAUCGUCCAUCUUCUCGUAAUAUUGUUCGGUACGUCCACUUGGAUAGGUGUCAAUGGGAUAUUUGUAGAACUGCCGUUGCUCGUCAAUAUCGCUCCAGAAGGUUGGAAUCUACCCGCGUACAUAGUUAUAGCUACGCAAUCCGCGAAUGUGGGACCUGCGAUUUACGGCUUCCUGCGCAAGUGUAAGUGCGAGAUGAACGAAUCGUUGUGCAUACUGUGUUUAUUGUUCCUGCAAAUUAUCGCAAUGGGUUUGCUGAUAUUUUUCUACGACAAGACUACCGUCGUUGCCGGCGAGAGACACAGUCUAGUUCUGUUCGUCUCGGUGUUACUCGUCGCUCUGGUCGGUUGUUUCAGUUCCGUGCUCUUCAUGCCCUAUCUUCGCGAUUUCGAUAACGUUUACAUCGUAUCUUACUUCAUCGGAGAGGGUCUGAGCGGUGUGCUACCGAGUGUGGUCGCGUUGAUACAAGGUGUGGGAGAACGCACGGAAUGUAACACCGUUCUUGACAAUACAUCGAAAUCGGAAAUUUAUCCGAACUCGGGAUCCGGCUUGAAGUUCUCAGAAAGAUACUACUUUCUGUUUUUGACCCUCGCACUUGUCUCAUCGUUCGUCGCAUUUAUCAUUCUGCGAUAUUCACCGUUUGUGCAAAGUAAGAAGAACCUGUGUGACUCCAACUUUCUCGCGCGAACCAAAGUACAAUUAGUUAAUUACAAGCGACACAACGAGUUCGGUGUUACCGCUGAUGCUUACCACACCGAUGAAACAUCUAAGAGAGACAGCGAAACAAAUUGUUCUUCGAUUGAUGUAGCGAAUAAUAAUUCGCCCGCGUUAAAGAAAAUUUAUUUGUACAUUCUGAUAGGAAUAUGUUGCUUCUUCAGUAAUGGACUUCUUCCGAGUAUACAAUCGUACUCGUGUUUGCCGUACGGCCACGUUGCUUAUCAGCUGUCCAUCACCUGUGCUCAAUUUAUAAACCCGCUUGCGUGCUUCCUGACAUUUUGGGUCAUGAUAUCGAACGUCACAGUUAUUAAUUGUCUAUCCGCGGUGUGCUUAAUUGUCGGGAGUUACGUUAUAUGCAUAGCUUCGUUAUCUCCUGCUCCGCCGUUGCGGGAAUCAACAAUCGGUGUAGGAUUAAUCGUUCUGUCCUGGACAAUUGUCAUGGGCGUCAUAUCGUACUUAAAGCUCGUAAUUGUGUCUCUCUUGAAACACAUAUCAUCCUCGAAAGCACUUUUCAAUGUAGGCGCGAUCAUGCAAGUGGGUUCGGCGAGCGGUGCGAUUGUUGCUUUUGUUUUGAUUAAUUUCACAGAUGUUUUUCAGUCGUACGAUCCUUGUUUAGGAAACAAUAGCACAAUCCAAAGGUCCGUGGAAUAAUUAAUUUAAUGAAGCGCGCGUAACUGUUGUGUUUGACAUGCGAUAUUGCAAAGUGCAAUAAAAAAUUGUAAGCGGACAAUAACGCUUUUGAAUAAUGAAGUGUCUUUUCUUCUGUGAAGACAUCAAGAAAUAAAUAACAUUGUCUUAUAUAUAUUUUUACUCUAAGAUUGAAUGUAAUAGUCUAUAUAUCCGAAUCCAUAAAGCGGAAAGAUAUAUAUUUUGUGCAAGUAGAGAUUUUUGUCAGCAUGAUAUAGUGUGCGUGUGUGCAUGUUAAUUUCAAUAAAGUAUUCCGUUAAUUAAACUAGGUCGAGAGAUUUCAAACAAGUUGAAGACUUGUGUACUAUGCAUUGUGCAUUUACAAUCCUUUUGUACGUCCAUACAUUCAACAAAUAUGUAGACAAAUGUAAAUGGUGAGGGAAGUGUAUCUUCGCACACAUAAGUCUAGUAAUAUAGAGGUAAUAAUACCUCAAAGUGGAUCUUUAGUUAAAUAAUUAAUCGCAUGUGCAGUAUUGUUCGGAUAAACGCUGCAAUUCUCUUGAGAGACGAUAAUAAAAGAAAAUAGAAAAUUUUACGAUGGAACGAGGGUAUGUCCAGGUAUGUCGCUGUUCGAAUCUCGAGACACUCUACGUAAAAAAAAA